UUGAGGAGGGGAAUGAGACUACAACUCCCACAUUGCAUAGCGCAGCGGCCUUUGCAGCCAUCUUAGCUGUAGUCCAAACUUUACCCUAGUGCCCAUAGAGUCGGGUGCCUCUGGGGAGGCCGAAAAAACUACAAACCCCUUCAGGCAGCGCGCGGCGAGUGCUCGCUUUUGGGCUUCCUGGGGCCGCCAUGAUGGUUUUGUGUGUAUGUGUGUGUGUAUGUGAGUGAGGUGUAUGUAUCAGUAUGUGUGAGUGAGUGAAUGUGAAAGGGAAGGAGGAAGAGGGGAGAAUGAGAGAGACUGGAGGAGGGGGCUCCACCAGCACUGUGGGGCCUAGCUCUCUCCCCUCUGAGGAGCUGUGGGGGGACUGAACCCCACUCCCAAAUUUGCAGAUUUGGAAGGAGGGUCGUGGGUGGCUUUAAAGCCCUCCCUUAUGUGGGGGGAGGGACAGCUGGGCAGCUCAGAGCCCCCUUGAGGGAGAGGGGAGAGGGGGGCACCGGGCUCCCCCCUCUUGAUUGUAGGAAGGGGAGGCUCGAAGUGGGGAAAGGCUUAGAGGGCUCCACCCCACUGAAGAAGCAAGGGUUUUGCAAGGUUAACAGCUUCUCCCUUGCAUCGCUUUGGAGGGAGGCUUCAGAGAUUGCUUAGGGCAGGGGCUGGGCCCCCUUGAUUGGAGGCGGAGGGGGGGAUAGGCCAGAGAUGUGCCUCUAAUGUGAAGGGAAGGGCUAGGGCGAAGAUAAUUUGGGCGGCUUUGGGGGGCAGCUUUCUCCUAGCUCCUUUUGCUGCUCCCUCUGUUUCAAAGUGAAUGGAGAUGUAGUUGUUGGAGUAACAAGCAAAAAAGGGGUGAAGCUCUUCCCCUCCUCCUCCUCCUCCUCCUCCUCUUCUUCCUCCUCCAGUAAGCCCAAAGAGUGGGGAGUGGGCUUAGAGAGGGGAGUGGUCUGCCUACAUUUGAAAAGGGGAGGGUGGGUGUUUAGGCAAUUGAGGAAAAUCUCAGUGGUGGGCAGAAGAGGAGGAGGAGUCAGGAGAAGCAAGGAAGGUUGGGGGGGGUGACUGGAGGUUGCACCGCGCGUAGGCAAUGCCAAGGAUCCAUGCAAAGUUAGGGGUGCAGGGGGUCCCCCAGUAGGCGUGUGGAACAUUGGGGCCCUUUCUUUUCUUUUUUUUAAAUGUACUGCGAGGGGAUCCUCUUUUCCCGCACAUCUUCCCCUUGCUUUCUCCCAAGGGCAAGGAAGGAAGUAGUGGAGGAUAAAACAGGAGAGGGGGUGAGGUGUGGGGAGACCGCUGCCAUGAAUCUGUAAUAGCCUAGUUCAGGAGCUCGCCCUGCCCCUCAUCCUCUUCUCUCCCCCCCCCAUCCUUGUUGGGGGGGACGAAGAGAGAGACAAGAGACACGCACACACAAAUCCUUCAGCAACUGGCUGGAUCUCUUUUUUCUCCCCCCCCCCACCCCACCAUGACAACAAAUCCAGCAUUAGGAUCGCCGUCCACCCCAUGGCCACACAGCAGGCUGCUUAUGGGUGAGGAGGAAUCUUUGGCGGCUGGAUGUGCUUCCCAAAGUGUUCUGACGAAUGUUCUGCGUUCCCGCCCUGCAUCAUUGGCUGCUAAUGGCGAAAAGCCGUGACAUCAUGACACACGCCCAGAGAGUAGCUGAAGCGGGACGUAGCCAAUGUCGUCCAGCAAAGGGGCGGGGGCUGGAGCUCGCCGGCGGCGGACGCGGUGCCGGAAGUGUAAAGCUUGCCUGAGGUCGGAGUGUGGGGAGUGCCACUUCUGCAAGGACAUGAAGAAGUUUGGGGGCCCUGGGCGCAUGAAGCAGUCGUGCCUCCAGAGGCAGUGCACGGCGCCCGUUCUCCCUCACACGGCCGUGUGCUUGGUGUGUGGGGAGGCCGGGAAAGAGGACACCGUGGAGGGCGAGGAGGAGAAGUUCAACCUGUCACUCAUGGAAUGUACCAUCUGCAACGAGAUUGUGCAUCCGGGCUGCUUGAAGAUGGGAAGAGCUGAAGGGGUCAUCAACAACGAAAUCCCAAAUUGUUGGGAGUGCCCCAAGUGCAAGAGAGAGGGCAAGUCCAUGAAAGACUCGGGCGACGGCACGGGGAAGCGGCGCUCUGACAACGGUGAGGACGGUGUCCGGUGGAAGCUGACAGAUGAGCCUGCCCAGAACAAGAAGAAGUUGGCGCCGGCCACCCCUCUGCCCCCGUUGCCCACCGACGAGUCCCAGGUGCAGGCUGGAGCCCACAAGCGCAAGAAGGAGAAGGAGUUGCCGCCCCCGGAUACGGGGCCCAAGAAAAAGUUAAAAGGCACACGGGAAAAGCAUUUGAAGAAGGCUACUGAGCAGCCACCUGACGGGAACAAGUUGCCAUCCAUGCAGACCUGGAGUCGCAUGGGCAGCGGGGACUUUGAGGUGAAGGGCGCCAUCUCCCACCCCUCCAUCCACCUGAACCAGAUCACGGCCAGUGACUUAGAGAAGCCGAAGGUUCCUCCAGGCCCUUUGGAGGCCUCCGCCCAGUCGGACAAGUCCCAUCAGCGAGAGAAGCUGGAGCGCUUCAAGCAGAUGUGCCAGAUGCUGGAGCGGGUGAAGAACAGCAGCAGCUCCAGCUCCAGCUCGGACUCGGACUCCGACACGGACUCGCGGGGCUCGGACGGCUCCAGCGGAGGAGUCUCGAGCCGCGCUGCGUCCCCAGCCACCCGUUCCCAGCGCCUGGCCGCCCUGGGCUUCAGCGCCAGCGAGGAGGAGGAGGAGGAGGAAGAGGAGGAGGAGGAGGAAGAGGAGGAUGGGCGGCGCAAUGGUGGCUCGGAGACGGCGCGCAACGGCAAGCAGCCGAAAACUCGAGGGAACUCUCAGGAGAAGGAGAACAAUCACCGCCCAUCCAGCAGGGGGAGCGAGCGGGCCAAGCAGCAGGCGGGUGGGCGCAAGGCGGGCCGGCCCGCUGGACAGACAGGGCUCCGCAUGGUGGCCCGGACUCAGUUCCUCAACUGGCCCCUGGUCCCCUCCCCUCCCAAGCCUCUGCUGCAGCUGGAGAGGCACGUGGUCCGCCCUCCCCCCGACAGCCCCGAGCCCGACUCCCUGCCCUUGGAUAGCGGCUCCGACCACAUCAUGCAGCGGGACGUUUGGUUGGCCGUCUUCCAAUACCUCAGCUACCGGGAGCUGUGCAUCUGCAUGAGGGUGUGCCGGACGUGGAGCCGUUGGUGCUGUGACAAGCGGCUUUGGACGCACAUUGACCUGAGCCGUCGGAAAUCCAUCACACCCUCCAUGCUGAGUGGAAUCAUCCGCCGGCAGCCAGCCAGUCUGGACCUCAGCUGGACCAACAUCUCCAAGAAGCAGCUGAUGUGGCUUCUCAACAGGUUACAAGGCCUCAAGGAGCUCAUUCUGACGGGCUGCUCCUGGUGCUCUGUGUCGGCGCUCAGCACAGCCAACUUCCCUUCCCUGCGGCUUCUAGAUCUACGUUGGAUCGAGGAUGUCAAGGACUCUCACCUCCGUGAGCUGCUGCUGCCUGCCACAGACUCCAAGCCAGGCCAGACUGACAGUCGGGGCCGGCUCCAGAAUGUCUCCGAGCUGCGGCUCUCCGGGCUGGACAUCACGGACUCCUCGCUGCGCCUGGUGAUCCGGCACACUCCUCAGCUUGCCAAACUGGACCUGAGCCACUGCAACCAUGUGGGCGACCAGUCCGUUAACCUGCUGACCGCUGCUAACUCCCCACUCCGAGAGACCCUCGCUGAGCUCAACCUCGCCGGGUGUAACCGGCUGACGGAUCAGUGUCUGCCCCUUUUCCGCCGCUGCCCACGCCUCUCCCGCAUCGACCUGCGCUCCUGCCACCACAUCACGCCUGAGGCCUGCGCCCGCUUUGCCGAGGACUCGGUCUCCAACAGCACGUCCGUCCCCCCCGCCCCCGGCUCGGCACCCCCCAGGCCUCCGUUCCGUUGCCCCGAGGAGAAAUUGCUGCUGAAGGACAGCUAAUACCCGCCCUGGGGGUGGAGGCGCAGGGAGACUCGGCCUCACCAAUCAGACCGCCGGACACGAACCUUUUUACUUAAAGCCAUGCACUGAACCGGAGUGGCAUCUCCACCCCCUCCACGCGUGUGGCACAGAGGGGUGGAGGGUUGUGCUCCCCACACCGGGCCUGCCAGGGGGCAGGCCGCCUCUUGCUCCAUCCCCUCGUUACCAGGACAGAGCCACGGAGUAAGUGGGGCCCGGGGUGGCCUUGUUGCUUUAUGAUGCUGGGAAAGGCGUAUUCCUCCCACUGUGCACUGCGUCGUCCCGUUCCCCCUCAUCGGUCUGUGCCACGGUUGGUACCGCGCUCUCGGGGUGGGGUGGGGAGAUACUCAGCCUUGAAAUGCUGGCUCAGGAGGAAGGCAGCUUAUUGUAUGGUGUCAGAUUGUUUCCCACCCCACCCCCUCCCCAACACAAAUGUGCACUCCAACCUCAUCCACCCCCCACAUGCUGCCUUUAUGAUUUUGAAAGUGCGUGUGCGCACCCCUCUCUCUCUUCCCCACCCCCCCAUAUCUUUCUCUCAUAUCCAUUCCUCCUUUCUCUACCGUCCUCCUCCAACUGUUGGUUUUCAGUGUGGUUUUAAAGGGGGUGGGGGACCCAGGCAGCUGAUACUUAUAUUCCCCCUGCCCCACCUCACUACAUGCCCACUGAAAUCCUGUCCACCCCCUAACCAUCUUUGCAGCGUGUCGGCUCCGACUUAGCCACAUCUGCGUGGGAUCUGCUCCGUGGAUGCCCCAAAGGUGUGCCCUUUGUAUCCACACAGCGCCCUCGCCAUCUAGAUAAGCAGAGAGCAUUUCCUUCCAUCUUUCCUCCCCCCGCCCCCGCCUUCUGCUGCAGCUGCUCUGUUGUGUGCUGAUGGUCUCCCGCUGACAGGCCCAUCCCAGGAGCUCAGCACAUGUGCCUAACCCCUUGGCCAGGUUGCGCCCAGACACCAAAAUCUUGCACAUGCUGCAAUCUCUGUGUACACUGUCUCAGCUGCUGCAUUUCUGCAACACACGCAAUCUACAUGCGCAUGGAAGCUGCUUGCGCAAAUAGACUCCCGCUCCCCAGCAAAUGAUCCAGCCUCCACACCUGCCUCAUGACCUCCUGUCCUCACUGCUGUCACACAGGCUCAUGCUUCCCUAGUUGCUGGAUACGUUUCGAAGCCUGCCUUGUACAUGAAAGACACUCCAGGGACACCUCCAUAUGCAGAGGUCCACCUUUCCUUCCUGUGUGGGCAUAGACAGGGCCAGAGUGCCUUUUCUUUCCUCUCAUUUUGGCUCGCCAGGAGCACAGCUGUAGCUCUCCACACCCUGGCAGAUUGCCUUGACCCCUGCUUAAGAAAUGGGGUGCAGUCUUUCCAUUUGUGGUGGAUGAGAACCAUUCUAGAAGCUACAUAGAAUGAAUGAGAUCCAAGACUGAAAUGGCAGAAUUCCGCACUGUACCAUUUCAGGGGGUGGGGAGGAAGCAAAUGUUGUUACACUUUUCAAAGCUCAUAUUAUUAUUUAUUUAAGCCUCCCUGCAAACCUUGUUCCCCAAAAACUGCACAACAGGGAAUUUUUUUUAAAAAAUCACUUCUCUUGUAUGUGUGUGCACUCUCUUCCCUGACAUUUAAAAUGGUAAAGACCGGAAUUGUACAACA